AUGCCGAAUUGGUUCCUGUUUGCCGACUUACAGAAACCUGAUUAUGAAUCAUUCUACCUGCCUAUGCACGUUGUGUUGAAGGAGUCAAGCACAACGACAAAGGUACGUGCUGUGUUUGACGCAUCUGCCAAAUCCUCAUCGGGAUUCUCUCUUAAUGAUACUUUAUUAGUUGGGCCUACUGUGCACUCAUCCCUUGUUGAUGUUUUAUUGAGAUUUCGACACCAUCGUUACGCGCUCACCACUGAUGUGAGCAAAAUGUAUCGCGCAAUCAAGCUAACUCAGAGUGAUCGAGAUUAUCAUCGUUUUGUUUGGCGAAGGAAUCGCACCGAAUCUCUGAUGGACUAUCGAAUGACUCGUCUAACGUUCGGUGUGUCCGCUUCAUCCUUCGCCAGCGAACAUGGCAGUAAAGCAGAAUGCCAUGGAUUUCGCCCUCCAAUACCCCUUAGCAACCUAAAAGUAUAUGAAGCCUUCUAUGUUGACGAUGGCUUAACUGGUGCUGACUCUAUCACAGAAGCAAUUCAUCUUCAAAAACAGCUACAAGAAUUAUUUCACAAGGGUGGAUUUGUACUCAGGAAAUGGAAUAGCAAUGAACCUGAAGUUCUAAAUCAUCUACCAGCUGAAUUGAAAGAAUCGCAAUCCGUUCAAACCAUCGCUGAAGACCACUACACUAAAACUCUCGGAAUAGAAUGGAACUCGGUCACUGACAACUUUCGCAUCACAGUAGCAGAACUAGACCAUCGCGACGUUGUAACAAAGCGAAUGUUGAUCUCAGACAUCUCUAAAACCUUCGACAUCCUUGGCUGGUUCUCCCAACAAUUAUCAAAGUAA